UAUUUAUUUGAUACCUUUAAUUCAGGAUCUUUAAAAUAUAUAAAAAAUGCCGGAACUUAGUCAAGUAGAACUGUUAGAUAGAAUAAAUAAGUCCCUUAAGUUUUUACCGAAUUUUGAUGGAAAUUCUCACACACUAACUAGAUUUAUAAAUUUAGCCGACGAAUUAGUACGCUCAUUUUUAAAUCCCGCUCAAGAGUAUGACCUUUCAAACCUCUCCUUGAUUAGUGGUAUUCUUAAUAAAAUUACUGGAUCUGCAGCAAGGACCAUAUCAGCCAACGGAAUUUCCGAUGACUGGAAUAAAAUUAAAGCUACAUUAAUUAACAGUUUUUCCGAUUACCGUGACGAAAUAGCUUUAAUUACAGACUUAACAUAUUUAAUUCAAGGUUCUGACACAGUACAAAUCUUUUACGAAAAGGUUCAAAAUUUACUCUGCACACUUAUUACGUACGUAGAGCUACACGAUACUGUCAAAACUACUGUCGAUGUAAAAAGAACGCUUUACCAAAAAUUAGCCCUUAAAACCUUCUUAAAAGGUUUAAGAGAACCUUUAGGGUCAAGAGUAAGGUGUAUGAGACCCCCCACAUUACAAACUGCUCUCGAAUUUGCCAAAGAAGAAUUAAAUAUAAUACAUCUGCAGAAUAGAACUAAGUUUUUCCAAAAUUAUUAUAAGCAUACUCGUAGACCUUAUUCCUUUUAUUCACAGCGAAAUUAUUACAGUGACACGAAAUUCCCUUCUAGAUCACGAAGACACCCAAUGUCCCAAAAACACAUUCCUUCAGAACCUCAAUACCCAUCAAGUACUUAUAUCCCAUGUCAACCUUACCCUGUUCCACAAAAUUGCUCACAGGUUGAAUUAAAUCAACUAGAAAUUCUAGAAACCAAAAUUCCUGUAAAUUAUUAUAAAUCUGACCAACAUUAUAACUCCCAAGAAAACAUGUCGACCCGGUGUGAAAAUGAAAUUGACACCGCUGCUGACGAUAAGCAGAAUUACGAGUUCAUAUUAUCACGUUUGCCCAUAGAUCAGUUAAAUGUAGAAGAGGCUACUAAUUUAAUUAAUUUAGCCAAAGAAUAUUCCGAUGUAUUUUAUGUAGAAAAAGAAAAUUUAACUCAAGAAUUUCGACAAGUUAACUUCUGUACGAUGGAAAAUUCGUAUCCGAUUUCAAAUUUAACCGACGUUUUAGACAAAUUAGGAAGGUGCUUGUACUUUACUACCCUAGGUCUUAAUUUAAAUAAUGAGACUUUUCAAAAUUUUAUUGACAAUUAUCUUCAAGGCCUGCCAAAUUCCAUAGUUUACUUAAGCAAAAUUUUAGUUUUCUCUACAUCGUUACAGGAACAUAUAAUGAAUUUCCGUGCUAUUUUAGAAAGAUUAAGGAAGGCUGAAUGCCCGAAGGUCAAUUCUUCAAAAUUAUGCGAGCAGAAGAUAUCACUGACUGAAGAACCAACUUAUCCAGAGAAUACAUCUACUAAAAUCAUGCUGUUACAGAAGAUAGAUGACACCCUCAGAGAGAGCAACUCAACCAUUACUCCAUGA